UUCCGGUGGAGACGCAACUCGGAUCCAAAAAACGCACGUCGCGAGUAAUCGACGUCUCAUGGUUCCGCCGUGGAAAUGGCCUCGCCUGGUCCCCGAGCUAUAAAUGCCAAAUGAGCUGCAAUUUGUCGGAGUCGGCCGAGAGAAGAUAGCCCCCCUCCCCUCCCUUCCCCACCGGAGCCCCUCUAUCUGCCCCGGGGAGUAUCGGGAGGUUUUGUGACGGUAAAUCCGAGCAGGCAGGAGAAAAAAAACAAAAAAACAAUGCCACAUUUCUUGUGGCCAGAGUCGCUGUCACCCGCACAGCUGAAGCGGCUGGAGGAGCAUAAAUACAGCGCGUCCGGGCGGUCGCUGCUCGAGCCGCCGUGCCAAAUCUACUGGAACUGGCUCGUGCUGCAGAUCCCGACAUGGGUCGCUCCGAACACCCUGACCAUCGUGGGGCUGCUGAUCAACAUCCUCUCCACGGUGGUGCUCAUGUAUUAUUGUCCCACGGCGACGGAGGAGGCUCCAGCAUGGGCCUUCAUCAUGAGCGCUCUGGGCCUCUUCAUCUACCAGUCUCUGGACGCCAUUGAUGGGAAGCAGGCUCGGAGGACCAACAGCAGCUCGGCCCUGGGGGAGCUCUUCGACCACGGCUGCGACGCCGUCUCCACAGUCUUUGUUGCUGUGGGAACGUGUAUUUCGUGUGGCAUCGGAAGAUACCCAGACUGGAUAUUCUUCUGUGGGUUUAUCGGGAUGUUCAUGUUCUUCUGCGCCCACUGGCAGACCUACGUGUCCGGGACCCUCCGCUUUGGCCUGAUCGAUGUCACGGAGGUGCAGAUCGCCAUCACCAUCAUGUAUUUGAUGUCGGCGUUCGGCGGCGUGAGCCUUUGGCAAACGACGUUGCCCAUCAUCGGAGUGAAGAUGUACGUCUUCCCGAUCAUCGGCAUCAGCGGCGGGGGCCUCUACUCCUGCUACAACUACUUCCACGUCAUUUUGAACGGAGGUAUCGGCAAAAACGGCUCCACCGUGGCUGACACCAGCGUGCUGAGUCCUGGUCUGCACAUCGGCCUCAUCCUCACCCUGGCCUUCAUCAUUUUCAAGAAGUCGUCCAGCCAGCUGUUUGAGCUCCACCCGUGUUUGUACCUGCUGGCCUUUGGCUUGGUCUGCGCCAAGAUCUCCAACAAGUUGGUGAUCGCACACAUGACCAAGAGCGAGUUGCACCUCCCGGACACGGCCUUCGUCGGCCCCGGCCUCCUCUUCCUCAACCAGUACUUCAACAGCUUCAUCGAUGAGCAUAUAGUCCUCUGGAUCGCCACGGUCUUCUCUCUUCUGGAUCUAGCGCGCUACUGCACCGGCGUGUGCCUCCAGAUCGCCUCCCACCUGCGCAUCCGAGUCUUCAGCAUCACGCCACCGAGCCAGGCGCACCACCGCGACUGACGACUUGCCCGGCGGGAGGAGGCGGGGCGAGGCGCAGAUCUCUCUCCGCUCCUGAGAGCAGAAGACAACAACGACGACGUGAAGGAGGAGACCCCGAGCCACUGCAGCCUUGACAAAGUGACCACUUCUGAUUAAAACCGCCUCUCCCACGAGGUGGCAAAAAAAAAAUAUAUAUAACCAACUAAACACUACAAACCCCCCAAAAUAAUGACACAAAUUUUGAAAAAGCAUGGAUCUAUUGAAAAUGGAAAUGACGUGGAACCAGAGUUUCCCUUGAGUUCCUCAUUGGCUGUUGGAGCCAAUACGUUUUAAUUUAGACAUCAUUGCAUGUUGUCAGAAAAAUAAAUUUUUUACAUCUACUUCCUGCUUAUUCAACUUUUAAAUACCAAAACAUUGUUUUUCUUUUAAAGGGGGGUACUUUUAUAGUUUGGGCAGAUAUUAAAAGCAUUUUAUCUGCUUCAAGAUGUACACGUUAAUUAUGUGGGCUCCUCAUAUAUGACGAGCAUAAGUGCUCAAUGAUAUAUGCCCAAACUAAAAUGGAUCACCUGAGUUUUCUUAAUUAUUGGUUUUCUUAUUCGUUAAAUUAAUGCGACCCAAUAUGGCAAGAAUCGGGGCUUAAAUGCAGAUUACAAUUUAUUUUUUAUUUUUUUAAAUGACCUUUAAAACCUCGAAUAAUUUCCAAUGAAGUGUGCAAUGUGGACUGGCAGGUUGUCGACGCGUCGGGGCAACAGUCUGCGUUAGUGCUGAAAACAACGACAGGCGCUCUUAUCACUUAGUAAUAAAAGCUGUUUUUUUUUUUUUAUAUUAUUAUUCUCCGUUAAUCAUCUCAUCCUACAAUACUGGAAAAAUUAAGAAAAUAAAAACACUUUUUUUAGAGCGCCGUCGACUGAUGAAGCAUUAACACACGACUUGUUCUGCUUUCUCUGUUCUUCUCCCUGAAGGGCUAAUAGUUAAUUAUAUUGUGAUUGUACAGAAUUCAACUGAAAACGCCUUAAAUAUUUUUGUUGUAAUUACUGUUUUAACUUUGUGAAUAUUUUAAAAAAAACACAAAAAAAAACUGCUUUGUACAUUAUUUUUUUUUUCUUUUUCCACUGAAGUAUCAAACCAGAUGCAGAAAUAGUAAUAAUAAUAAUACAAUGCUACUGGAAGGGUUCACUCAUAAGAGUUUCUUCACUUAUACAAAUGUGUAUUGUGUAUAGGUGACUGAUUCAUUUGGCUCUUGGAAGAUUUAGUUGGAUUAUCAGUAAUUUUCAUAUUGAUUUUAAAAUAUCAUUGAAUUGUUGUAAUAUGGUUUACUCAUAAUUCAGGUUAAUUUGGUUCAAAAAGGGAUAUUUCUGUAGUGCCGGUAAACUAUAAUAAGGGUAAAAGACAAUUGUGCUCUUGAAUUUUAUUUGGAAAAAUUGUUCUCCCAAGAUUCUGCAGGAUUAUGGACGAUAGAGAAGGGGGCGUGUCUUGAGAAGGGGGCGUGUCUUUAAAAAGAGGCUAAACCUGCGAUGGACUUUGGAACUAUGCAUUGAAGUGUGCAACCUUUAUUUCAACACCACGUUGCACUGUUCACUAAUACAGUAAAACACCUUUCUACUAACAAAUAAUGUAUGAGUGGAAAAGAUUGUAAUAAAGAAAAUAUUUUUCAU